UGUUCCAGACAAAAUGCCUCAAAUUAAGACUGCAAUGAAGAAGCCAUCUUCACAAGAUCUCCCUUCAGAGAAAGGCAGCAGGUUCUCGCUCAGAGUGGCUUUAAAAAAAACACCCAUAUAUUCAGAGAGCAGUGAGGAGGAUGCAGAAGAAAAUGGUAGCUGCUCGUCUCCUGAGACCGCAAUCCCACCACCAUUCCAAAAGACUCCUUCAGACCCUGAGGACGAACAGCCAAAUGACUUCUUACAAAGAAGGGCAAAAAACAUUCAGGAUAAUAAAGCCAUGCUUGCAAAACUUAUGGCAGAUCUGGAGAAACUUCCUGGAAACCUCCUGACAGACCCUGGAGAGCAGAGCAGUGAUACUCCAAGGUCCAGGAGGUUCCCUCGUUCUAAAACUCCUCAGGAGCUGCUGAGGCGGAACCCUGAGCGAGCAAGCCGGCGCUUGACUCGUUCCAUGGGUGGUGUGCAGCCACGAUCUCCAGAGAAAGAAAGGAAAAGGGAAUUGAUGGACAGGCUGCGGGAUGAUCUGUUGAAUGAGGAAGAAUCUACUCCACAAAGACGUCGCUCUUCUCGUCCAAGUGCCUUAACAAUUCCUCAUGUGGUGCGUGCAGUUGAGGAAAUAACAGAGGAUGACCUUAAAAAAGUAGCAGACUCUGUGAAAGAGAAGGUUUACAACAGUGUUCAUGGUUCCACUUGCCACCAAUGCCGCCAGAAGACUGUAGACACGAAGUCAAACUGUAGGAAUGUAGAGUGUCAAGGAAUCCGGGGUCAGUUCUGUGGGCCCUGCCUGAGAAACCGAUAUGGAGAAGAUGUGAGAAAAGUGCUUCUUGAUCCUGACUGGCAGUGUCCUCCAUGCCGUGGAAUCUGUAACUGCAGCUUCUGUCGCCAGAGAGAUGGCAGGAGUGCAACUGGGAUACUCUUCCCAUUGGCCCGUUACCAUGGGUUCAGUGAUGUUCAUUCUUACCUGAACAGCUUGAGGCAGUCAAAGGACAAAGAGGAAGAUGACGACUAGUUAUUUGAAAAUUUUGUACUACCUGU